AUAUGUAAUGAACAAUCUGCUAUUGGUAUAUCCUAUAGCUCAACAGAUAAACUAAUUGUACCAGCUUUCUAUUUUGCUUAUGAUAAAAGUUUUAACAUAAGUUGUGUACUCACAAAUUAUAAUGAUGAUGUAAUAGCUUCUUGUAAUGAAUAUAUUACACAGCCAGUAAUCCCACCAAAUAUUCAUGACUCUUCUCGUACUUUACUUGGAACCUUUUUACCAAAAGGCAAUCUGAAUUUGGAUGGAACAGGUUAUAUCAAGCUUUUAAUAAACAUCACAGAUCCUGCUAUUACUGGACAUUGGACCAUGGCAAUGAAUUUAUUUGAUUCAAGCAAGUUUUUUCAUAAAAUUCAUGGAUAUGAUCCAUGGAGUGAAGAUCUUUCUGGUGAUCCAUUUGUUAAAACAUUUGAUUAUAUGAAUUUAUACUAUUUAUCUAGACGUACA